AUGGAUGUAGGAGCAUCAACUCCAUUCCUGUGGGCUUUUGAGGAGCGGGAGAACUUGUUGAAAUUCUAUGAAAGGGUCUCGGGAGCCAGGAUGCAUGUCAGUUUCAUACGACCAGGUGGAGUGGCACAAGAUCUGCCUCUUGGCUUAUGUAUAGAUAUUGAUUCAUUCACACAGCAAUUUGCUUCUCGUAUCGACGAAUUAGAAGAGAUGUCAACUGGCAACCGUAUCUGGAAACAACGAUUAGUGGAUAUUGGUACUGUCACUGCACAUCAAGCAAAGGAUUGGGGAUUCAGUGGUGUAAUGUUAAGAGGUUCUGGGGUAUGA